AAGGUAUGCCUAGGGAACGUUGGAGAUAUGGUCAAAGUUAUGUAGUAAAGAUUACAUAAAAUUCGAAUUUUCGGCCUGCUCUUGGUCAGCCACAUAAGCUUUUGACACUGUAACUUUGAAAAGAACCACUUUACAAUUAAAUGAUGAAAAACGACUUGCCUUUGUUGAUGAGAUCUACGUUUCUUAUUUUUCUACUUUUUUCGAAAAGGGGCUCAGAGUCGCUAUGACCAAGAGCAGGCCGAUUUGGCGGAAAGUUCGUUGCAGUCCACAUCUCUAGAGGUCCGUGCCCAACCCCACUAUUACCUCCUGAGGAUACGAAUAAGUGCUUCAUAUUUAUACUAAGAACUGUACUUUGUUAACAAAAAUCCGGGUACAUAGAGAGCAUUUAUUUCAAGUAUGCACAUACGAGUAGAACUAUACAGUACAAUUCCAGCUCAAUGUAAGCAAACACAUACCCUCAUAUCUCACGAGUCUGAACCGAUCAAAGAUGUCAUAAAAGAUCCACUUCUUUUUAACGUUCUCGGGAACCGGCAAAGUCACAUUGACAAAGAGAAUAAUAUUCCCUUCGAAAACCAGGAGGCAGUGUCAUAACUCAUUGCGGAGCUCGUCAAGUGAGUGACAUGCCUCCACCGACAACCGUACAAACCUUCUCAUGUACACACACACCAUCAUCCUCAACCACACGGUUGUCAGACAAAGGAUCUAAAUUAACGAGAAAUAAAAAAGAACCCUCAGCACAAGUCUGAUGAGCAAGUUGUAAGUCAUUGAUAUGUGAUGAAGUACUUGUCAGAUACGUAUAUCGUCCACCACGCUGUUGCCAUGUUCGCCUUUGUUCUACUUCGAUACCUGCGUCAAAGUGCAUGAUCCCGUGAAGAAAGGAGUUGAUGUAAUGGUAUGUUAAGAUUUGAGCUAGACCACAAUAUGCAGAAAAAGGUACUGUAAUAAUGACAUUCCUUGAAAGAAUGCCAUGAUCAACAGAGGGUUUAUUUCACAAUAUCACUGAUUGUGUGAUUCAAUACGCACCAUUGGGACUUUUUAACAAAAACAUUGAAAAUACUCAAGCUUUUUUGCGAUAUUUCAGAGACCCUGAAAGACUCAAGUCAUGCUUUGAUGAUUAAAGUUUGGAAUGAUAGUUUAAACUUUUAUAUUCCGAAAUGGAUCCAAAUAUCUGCAAGGGGAUACUGACGUUUAUCAAUGAGCAGAUAGAGAUGAAGCAACUGAUAGUGAAAAUGCUCAACCGGUAGUGACUUCCUCAAGCCCGUGCUCGAUUUCAUCCGUUAUUUUUCUACUCAUCAAGUUGAAAAACUCUAACUCUAAAAGGAAAUUUUUCUUAUGGGGAAAGAAUAAAUCACUAUCAUUGUUUCCGUCUUCCAUUGGUUAAUAUUUUGAUAUUUUUUGUGCCAUUGUGUGUUUUUAGCCUUUCCAGGUCAAUAGGCCCAGGUAUUUUGUAUUUAUGGGUGGGGAAAUAUGUCGGGCGACAUCUUAGAGAGGUAACUUGUUUUGUUCCGAAACAUAUUUCCUUUUCCUUAUGCCAAUAAGAAGAACCUAUUUAAUCCAAGGCUAAAGUCUAAACGCUUUAUUUAAAAAAAAACUUGCUCCUUCACUCAAGUAUCCAUACCGAGCAUCGUGCUGGUUUGCAUAUGUCUUUCUUGGUGGUCUCUCAUGUGGAAAGGCAGGCCCAAGCCCAAUUAGGAUCGAGAUGAACGAACCGUUAUUUGACAUAAAUAGGGAUUCCCGUCGCACUCGAAUCAUCAGUCAAUUAUUGAAUAUGAUGCAAUCCAGAGCUUCUAUCAUUGUCAUUUCGGCCAGUUUGUUGGUCUUUGCCCAAAGUGCCCAUGUCUCCAAGCGAUCUGACGAUCUAGAUUUCGUCGUUGUGGGCGCUGAUGACAGCACAGACGAUUGCCCAUCCACCCCGUUCACACCCGAAGAGUGCUUGGCCUCCAACCCUGGAGCCAAACAAUGUGUCAAUUCGGUGGCAUUUGAUGGCUGCAAUACGUGUUGCUGCAAUGAUACCCCAGUGGACAGCAAGGUGUGCGGUUUACCCAAGAGAGUGGGUUUCGGGAGAGCCAGCCUCUACCGGUGGUUCUUCAACGGUGACCAUUGUGAGGAGUUUGUCUUCAACGGAGCUCAUGGUAGUGGAAGUCGAGAUGAUUUGGUUGGCAAUGAAAACAACUUCGCCUGCAAAGAGCUCUGUGAAUCUACUUGCUCACCUUGAAAGCCUGUCAGCCUCCAGAUCGAUCAUUGACAAAGCAUUUGCCUGUAUUUAUGUAACUUAUAUUUCUUCAGCCCAAUAAAAGUUGUCCUCAGA